AUGAGGCCGGCGGCGACGGCGGCGGCGGACGCGCACCAGUCGCGGCUGCUCUACGAGCUCUGCGCGCUCCUCCUCACCGUCCUCCGGGCGUCGCCGGGCGACGGGGUGGUGGCGCGGCCGCUGCUGCCGCGGCAGGUGACGCCCGCCGGGGUGGCGUCCAUGCUGCUGGGCGCGUCCAUGGCGCUGAUGCUCUGCGGCUCCGUCACCUUCAUGCUCGGCUUCUUGCUCAUGCCCUGGGUCGUCGGCCUCGGCUUCCUCUUCCUCUUCGUCGGCUUCGUCACCAACCUCUCCGGGAUCUGGAGGGCCAUCCUCCUCUGGCCCUCCGCCUCGGACUCGCCCAAGGAGGCAUCCUCCCCAUGGCAUAUAUUUUCCAAGCCUUCAUUCUUGUCGAUGUGA